GGUAUGGGCAAGCACAUAUCAGAUCGAAAUUUUAUUUUAUUUAGCUUAUCAUUUCACCCAAUUCUGUUACGGCAUAACAAUAUCUCAGAUAUUCUUCCAACAGAUCAUUCACAUGUUCUAUCUGUGUCACACCGGUCGGAGGAUGUCACCUCAUUGUGAAAAAUGCAAGUAAAAGAACCCAACUCUGAACCUCCAUCCGGUGGUUGCUAUCACAUUGGAUGUUGAAGCCUUCAUCCUGGGUUUUCUGUCUGUAAUAUCUGCUCUCACCACACUUAGCAAACAACAAAUACAUAGACACCAUCCUACCUAGGAAUUCAGGCUCACUUUAGCAAUCAAUGGAAAACAGUGUCAAUAUUUGCAGCAGCUGUUCUCUUGGCCGGUUGGCCCUCAGUGUGAUUCAGACUCGAGCUAGAAUAUUGAUUCUUUGUCAAGUGUCGUCAUAAAGUGUGAAAACUGAGUUAAGAGGUGCAGCAUUCUUCAUAAAUGAUGUAUGCUUGCUGAAGUUUUCAAAGAACAGGUCGCGUUGAUUUGAGCAUUCGUUUCUCAGUAGUUAAGUGUUUCCCUGUCUUAAUUUUUUUAUGCAGCUCUCCAGCACGUGGGUUCUGUUUUUUUCUUCUUCUGGGAUAUAAGUUCAUCGCUUUUGUAUCUCAGGAGUUCUGCUGACACUACUACCCCUUAGCAUUCAAGAGGUCGGCUUCUAACAAAAUAUCCUAUUUAGGUUAAAUAGAGGCAGAACUGGUAGCUCAAUCAGAAGAAGCAGAAGCAGAAGAAAUGUCAAGCAUUCCAUAAGAGAUCUACCAUGAUAUCCUUUCAAAGUUACCUGUGAAAUCAUUAGUUUUGCUAAGUUGCAUCUUAAUCUUACUGAUCAGAAAGGCAACCUUGGUCUUCAUUUUGAGAUGGAAGCAGAUGGAAUGAUUUUGAAAGGUGAGAAACUUAUAUUAAGAGGCUUGAUGUUCCAAGGAUAUCAUGGUGUUUUACCAGAAGAGAAAACUCUGGGACAGAAGUUUGUGAUUGAUAUAGAUGCAUGGGUUGAUCUUCGUGACGCUGGUAAAUCUGAUAACAUAAAUGAAAGUGUAAUCUAUGUGGACAUUUACAACAUUGCUAAGGAUGUAAUGGAAGGACCUGGGUAUAAUCUCUUAGAGUCGGUGGCUCACCUCAUCGCCACAAGAACACUUCAAAGGUUCUCUCAGAUAUCUACUGUUCAUGUGAAGCUUGGGAAGCCUCAUGUAUCUAUUCAAGGUCCAGUUGAUUAUUUAGGGGUCGAGAUUUUUAGGUUCAGAAAUGCUGAUGUCCCAUGGAUUAAUUAAUGGUCGGGAUUUUAGAUUCAGAAAUGUUGAUGCCUAAUACUGAGCAUGGUACCAGAAUACAUUGUUCUCUCUCUUUUUGAUAUCAUCUCCUUUAUUGAAUGUCUGUGAUUUUUGAACUGAUUGGUGUUAAUCCUUGUUACCUGGGAUUACCUUGGAUCUAAUGUUCUUCAAUACUAGUACUUACGAAAUUUAUCACUUCUUUUACUUGCACUGCGGCAGCUGGCCUAUGGCUUCUUGAUUCAGGAGGUGUAGAUGUGCUCAUGCAUUCAGUUUUGGUAGGUUAGCUUUUCUGACCCGAUGCGGUACUUUGUGACUGUGCCUAUGUGUUUGAAUAUAUGUAGCAUAUGUGUAUCCAGAGUUUAUAGUUGACAAUCCUGUGUGUAUUAAAAAUGCUUGAUAUCCUCCAUUUGAGGUGUGAAACCUGUUGCCACUCUGCCUUACAAACUCUUGCCUAG